GUUCUGCAUUGCCACCAUACACACAACAUUGCGCCAACAGCCACUUAUCAUAUCAAAUUUUCGGGAAAUGUCGUCUACCGGAGCUAGUUUCGCUCAUGUGUAUGUGCAGCAAAAGCGCCAACGGGAGAAAAUGAAAAGAAUGGAAGAGGAAAGAGGAAGAAGCGGGAACGAUGGAGCGGGUGGUGCUGAAGAGAAAAAUGUUGGUAAUGGUAAAGGUGGCAAGAGCAAGAAGAUCCACCCAGAUGGUGGCUCUGUGUCAUCAGAUUCUGCUCGAAGAUUUGCCGAGGCCAAGGACUCCAUGGCUUAA